CCACAUUCACAGCCAACCUCGCCCAAAUGCCUUGCAUCAGCACUACCGCACCGACCUCAAGUCCAUCUUCCACUACUACGCUUUCCGCGAGUGAAGCUCCCAACGAUGCCGGCGGCAGCCCCCAAGACUUCCCUUCGAAUAUGAGCCUGAUCUCUUUGCUCGUGCGUGGAAACAUCCAUCGCGCAUCAAAGAUGAAGGGGAUUACUACUUCUGGAAUUGCCGAUUACGAGCGAAGUCGCCAAUCACCGUCUACAGAUCUGAUGCUUUCGGAAUGGAGCGCAAACGCCGGCGAAGGCCAAACGAGAUACGACCACAAUGCUAGCACAUCUGUUUCUUUGGUGGGUAGUGGCGGAGCCUUCUACCAAUCACUGCAUGACGUACUGGAGUCGACGUUGCAAGAGCUUGAUUGCAUUUCCGACUGUAUUGCUUUGGAAACUACGUCAACUCAACUUCGACAGAGAAAGGGAACCAGUCCUCAAUUUGACGCCAUGUUGUUUGCCCGGCAGUGAUUGACCUCACAAUAGCUAGCGAUAUAGAAGGGUUGAAU